AUUUCAUUCACAUAAAAGACUAAAUAUUGCAUGCCUUUUGUCCUCUGCUCUUGUUCUCCUUUUGUCUUAUUGCCUCCUCAUUUGAUGAUUUGCGAGGGCCUGCCUUUUCUUCCCUGCUUUGGUGUUUGCCUUUUUUUCUGAGGAGAGAAGGCAGACGUGCUGUCUUUCUUUUUUUUUUCUUUUUUCUAUAUUUGCCAGGCAGGAAAGAGAGAUGUUGGGAGGGACUGCAGUGCGAAAUCUGCAGCAGAGUGAGAGCGGAAGCUGCUUAUGAAUGAGUGUCAGUCUUUUGGCUUUGCUAGAUGCUCCUGAGGACAUUUUACAUGAAUGGUGUCUGGCUGUGUGCUUUCCGCUACCGGGGAGACAAGGAUGCUUCAUUGCUGUCGGUCUUAAGGAGACUCGUGGGCUAUUUCUGUUAUCCUUUCCGUUGUUUCAUUGACUCAUCUGCCUGAGAAACACGUCGUUCAUGCCGGGGUUUUUUUCUUUAGUUGUGUCAUUCAUGUAAUUCAAGCCGGACCAAUUGAUGGGUUAUUUUAGACGAGCUGUGAGAUUGUUCCUGCUCCCUUGUUGUGAAUUGGAUUUCUUAUGCCUUUGUUGCAGAACAUAGAUAGAGAAUCAGAGCUGCACAUUAGACGAAUGCUCUCAAAACAAUUUAUAUGUGUAUACAAAAAUAGCUUUAUUUAUUUUUGCAUUAAUGGAUGAUUAUUAAUACAUUGUGCAGAAACAACAAGUGUAUUAGGAAGAUAUCGUUUUUUUUAAAGUAUAUAUAAGAACCAACUCUCUGCCCAUAAUCUGCAGCUAUUAUAAAUUAACAUGGACAAUAUAUUAAUGAUGUUGCGUAUUUUGCGAUCAUGCUAACAUUUGACUGUAUUGUUGCUUUCAGUGGUUGAACGUAUGGAUUAACAUCCUUAUAGGAAAAUGACGUCUUUAUGAAACAUUAAAAUUGAGAAUUUAUUCUUUAAUGAAAAACGUUUGAAAUGAUUAACUGCCAGUGAAAAGGAUAGUUUUCAUUACCUAUUUUAUUUAUCAUAAUUUCUGUGAUAAUUUGAUGGCGUGUAACCUGUCACAGCUUUUGAACAGUUCAUCCCUUAAAUAAGAUAUUAAUUGUGUACGACCAGAAAGUCAAGCAAAUUAUUCUCAAUAUUUGUCUUGCUAAGUUAAAUAAUCACCUCUCAUUCCUCAUUUCCUUUUUCCCAGAAAAACAAACAAGAAGGGAAGAAUUACAGAGAAUAAACAUCAGACUGGGGAAUUUAAAAAUUGAUUGGUUCUAGUGUGCUGUGAGUGGGAGUUUUUUUUCUCCCUCCGACAGGAAGUGAUUUGCAGUGUUCAGCAAGCCUUUUGUUGAGAAGGUUUUCUCAGAUCAGUGAGUCAUGCUUUAGCUCUGAGCCGGCAGGCAGGCAGCAGUCAGUAGAGAGUGUUUGCUCUUCCCUCGCAGUAUCCGUGAUCAUCGACAACAUAGACCUUUCUCUGUUCUCUUACUUUUUGGAUUUUUGAGGCCAUCAGCAGCAUCACCGCUGGAAACCAAACAAGCUGCACCACAACACUGGCAGCCUUUUACAGACCUUUUUCCUCUCCAUCCUCUUCCUCCUCUGCCUCAAUGCUGUGUUUCCAUGGAUUGUGUCUGUAUAUUGCUCUCUGACGGAUUGGAUUGCAGCUCUGGAUUUUACUGAGAGCAGAUUGGACUUUGGCGACAGCAGCAGCAGCAGCAGCUCAACACAACCACCACUGUAACCUCCAAUAGAGAAAAUUACAGUCAGGUGGCCUUUGAUUGCUAAAAGGCGUUUGCUGCCUGUACCGCUGCUGCUAUGUUACAGGAGAGGGUAAUCAGCACGGCUCAGCCACGUCUGCCAGCACACUUGUGAAAAAGGCAGGCUGUGCGCGUCGGUUGGUGGAGAGAGCAAGAGAGAGAAGGGUAUGCUUCACCGUACCAAAUACAACCGCUUCAGGAAUGAGUCAGUAACAUCCGUCGAUGAGCUUCUCCACGGCCUGUCCAUGAACCCCAAGGUCUCGGCCACCCCCCAGUCUGCAGCCGAGACAUCUUACACGCCCCCGACGGAGGUCCAGGCCUCCUCCACCUCCACCACUGCUUCCAGCACCUCCACCGGCCACGGCUCCGACCACCUGGAAGAUGGAGGCACCACCCUCUGCACCCUCAUCAACAAGGUGUCCAGCCUGAAAUUCAGCAACUCAGGCAGCCUGCUGGGCAUCAAAGGUCUGCCCUCGGCUGUCAAGGACCUGGCUGUGUCUAAGCUGCAGGGGGGUGGGGGAUCCAGUGGUUCGAGCCCCAGCGCGGCAGCCUCUGGUGUGGGCUCAGCCUCCCAUUCAUCCCCCAUCAACAUGAGCAAGAAGAGCAGGCUGGACGAGCACCAGCCCGCCGGAGAGGACUGGAACACAGGUGGGGGUGGCGGACUGUUGAGCAAACCCCCCCGAGGGUGGCUACACUCGAGCGAGAAGAUCUCUGGUCCAGGAGUGACAUAUAUUGUGAAGUAUCUCGGCUGUUUAGAAGUCCUUCGGUCAAUGAGAUCUCUGGAUUUCACCACAAGAUCACAAAUUACAAGGGAAGCCAUCAGCCUGGUGUGUGAGGCUGUUCCAGGGACCAAAGGAGCUCUGCGCAAGAGAAAGCCACCGUCCAAAGCUCUGUCCAGUAUCUUGGGGAAGAGCAACCUGCAGUUUGCUGGCAUGUCCAUCAACCUGAAUAUCUCCACCAGUAGCCUCAACCUGAUGACCCCCGACUGCAAACAGAUCAUAGCCAACCAUCACAUGCAGUCCAUCUCUUUUGCAUCAGGUGGAGACCCCGACACAACAGAUUUUGUUGCCUAUGUAGCAAAGGACCCUGUGAACAGAAGAGCAUGUCACAUCCUGGAGUGCUCUGAUGGGCUGGCCCAGGACGUUAUCAGCACCAUCGGCCAGGCCUUUGACCUUCGCUUCCAGCAGUACCUUCAGUGUCCCUCCAGCAAAAUGUCCUCUACACAUGACAGGGUAUUAAACAUGGAGGAGUUGCCAUGGACAGAGGAAGAGGAGGAGUCAUCAGAGCAUCCUUACUACAACAACAUCCCCGGGAAGAUGCCGCCCCCUGGAGGCUUCAUCGACACCCGGCUGACCAAUCAGAACGCAGCGUCAGAGGGAGGCCAGAUGGGCCCAGCUUCAGUGGAUCAGACAUAUUACCAAGGGCGGCACUGUGGAGAACACUGGGGAGAUGGAAGAAAGCCCAUAAUCAUACAACAGGGAUCCUUCGACAUAAACAGUCUGCCGGAGAGUAAAGGUCAGGCCUCAAAAACAGCAGAGAUGCCGGCGUAUGUGAACACUCAGCAGAUCGACGCCCAGGUGCUCGCUGCACUCCAGGCAGAGGCAGAAAAUGUGACGAAGGGCAUGGCGGCCGCAGCCAAAGAGAGCCCUCAGAAGGACCUGUUCGACAUGAAGCCCUUUGGGGAUGCCAUUCAGUCGCAGUCCAACCCGGGGUCCCAGGGGCCGGCCCAGCCCCAGGUGUCCAACCUCCACAAGGCGGCGUCCGUGGACAACCUGAGUCCUCUGCUCGUGCGCUCCGUGGCCUUCAGGGCCCAGGAGGAGCUGGAGGGCAAGACGUGGUACCAUGGCAAAAUGAGCCGCCGCGACGCUGAGAAACUGCUGAAAGAAGACGGAGACUUCCUGGUUCGUAAGAGCACUACCAACCCGGGGUCCUACGUCCUGACGGGCAUGCACAAUGGACUUUCCAAACACCUGCUGCUGGUGGACCCUGAAGGCACGGUACGGACAAAAGACCAUAUAUUUGACAGCAUUAGCCAUCUUAUUUGCCAUCACCGUGACAACAAUCUGCCGAUUGUGUCAGCUGGGAGUGAACUGUGUCUCCUGCUGCCCGUUGGGAGGAAACAGUGAUGUUUGCAAUGCCUGCUGGGACAUGGGAAGCUCUGAACAGUCUCUCCUAUCAUCCUGAAACUUGAAGAUGGAACAUGAGAAGAUGCUUGAAGGCUUUACGCGCUGACAGUGAUUUUGGGGGAUUGGCCCGUGCUUACUUUCCUGGAGACACUGGAAGACCCAAGAUUUGUUUAAGAUAAAAUAAAUUAUUUAUAGAACUGUUAUUAUUUUGUUGUGAGGACUGAAAUGCUAUAUUUUUGAGAAGACAUAGGUGCAUUUGGACAUAAUAUCUUGAUUUGGUGUUUAAAAGCUAAAAGAAUAAAAAAAGACAAUUGUUCUUGUAGUUUAGAUGAAGUGCAAAUCAAACCUCAAAGAGGUGUUAACAAGAGUAUUUUAGAAUAAAGACCUACAAUUUUAGUUUUGUCUGUCAAGCACAACCACAUUUCUACAGAAGCCGUUGGCUGAGAGGAUGAGCAAACAAACCGUUUGGAAAACUUAGUUUUUAAUGAAUUAGUUUGAUAAAAAAAGGUCCUUUAAUCUCUCCGAUAGUGUGACAGCUCACUAAAUUAGUCACUAUAUGAAAUCUGCUUUUAUUGGGGAUUAGACCUGAAUGUGUUUUGCUUUGCAGUAGUCACAACGUGUUGGGGUGCUGACAGGCAUCCUUCAUAGUGCUGUCAAUGGCUUUAAAGAUAAACUUUUUUUAAUGAUGUGUUUUCUCGUGUCACUGCAGUCGCAUGACUUAAAAUCAACUGUUCUUGUGGACAUUGUUCGUAGACCUUGAAACCCCUUCAUUUGAAAGAGGUGCUUGUGUAUGCUGACACUGUAACAACUAUUUAUGCUUUUCAACCAGUGAUUAUUUCUGAAUUGGUUCCCUCUGGAUUCUUCUUUUAGGUGUGUAGUCAAUGAUUAGUUUGGGGGCUUGGGUCAUGCAAUUGAUAUUCUCACAUUUUUAAUUAGCAUUUUUUGGUGGACUUUUAAAAGGUAUUGUUAUUAUUUGAAUGACCGCAAAUGAAUAGCACAAUCAGAUUACCAAUGUGUUGAGAUGUAAUUGACCAUUUUUACUUAAGAAUUAGGCAAACACAAAGUGUGCACUCAAUACAUCAUGGUUAUUAUGAGAUGACCUUCACUUAUUUAUUAAAACAAAAGGAAUUUCUCACUGAUAUCUUAUUGCAAGACUACUGUUUUGCCACUAGAUGUCAUCACAGAGGUACUUUUUAUCCCGUCAGUCGCACUCACCUCUUGUGUUAUCACCUAAUAGUAGCAAAGGAUGCUGGCUGUGUAUUACUUUAAGAAUUCCGAUACCAACAUUUUUUUUGCUUUACAGUUCAGAGUUAAUUUUCAUUUUGCCGUCCACUGUACACAACCAUUCCUCAGAACGGUUUGCUGUAUUUCCUCUUAAACACACUGUUUUUGUAGAGUGGGAAUCAGACAUUCAACAUGGCUCAAAGAAAUAAUACACAGCAGUUCUUUUUUAAUUUUUUUAAUGUAAUCGUUCAUUUGGCAGGGGCAUGCACAUUCAUGAACACUUAAAACAAUAAAUAUUUCAAGUGUAAAUAUGCCGGAUUUAGCUUUGAGCUACUUUCCAUCCACAGUCCCUCUAGCAACAGACUUUUCAAAUGCUCUCAUCCUUACUAUUGUCAGUACUCUAAUGGAUACCAAAUGAAUGGGGCAUUGUAUUUGAUAUGCACUGGACCACUUCAAUUGAACCAAAAUCAGCAUGUGUUCAAUGAGUUUGACAAGACAGAUGCAAUGUAAUAUAACGUGCCUGUAUUUUGCUGCAAGAGGGAGUGUACAAUACAUGCAUCUCACAACAACACUUAUUUUAGCAAAGAGGGAUCCAUAUGAAAAUAUUCACCUCCGGAUUAAUUUUGGUUGAAGCUGAUAAGACUUUCCCUUGAUUCCUUGUGUCCUUGAGAGUGGAAGAGGCAGAAUAUUUGAUUGAGAGAAGGUGAGAAAAAAAAGGGCGCAAAGAAUCAUGAUAUUUUUGCCAGUUAUCACCCAUUUACUUAAAAACAAUCCUUUGUGACGUAAUUUCAUCAAAUCUAAUAUCUUGGGAGAAGGAAUAAUGCGCCAAAUUUCAAAAAGCAGAAUGCUAUUUAUAUUAAACUUCUGAAGUGCAAAUUUGUAGAACCAUCUUGACAAAGUUUUGAACAAAGCGUAUGAAUAUAUAAUUUAGCAGGAACAUCUCCAUACUUGAAUCUCUCUGAUAACAACAUGAUUAGCUGUGUGGCAUAAAGAAAUUAUACAACCAAACACGCUGGGACACAAAAAGAACAGAGCUUCUUUCCAGAUUGCUGUUGAUGAAAAUGUGCCUUUUAUUUGUACAAAUGGUAUUUUUAUUUCUCUUUUCUCUCUCUUUCUUCAAAGUGCAAUAGCUAAUCUUCAAUGGGGCAUGCCUGUUCACUAGAGGUUGUGUUUUGCCCUGCUGCGUGUUGCUGCUUGAGACUACUGUUUCCUCUCUCUAUCUGUCUCUUUCUCUCCCUCCCUCCCUCCCUAUUAUAUAUUAUAAAUGUAUCAUUUCCAGAUUCUGAAUAUAAAUCUUUGUUGGAGGGAAUCACACAGAAACUCACUAUUUUGGAACAGGUAUAGUUAAAAAAGGAAAUAAAAACAAAGAAGUCCAAAUUAUGUUUACAGAUUUAAUCAUUUGGUUGUAUGGGUUUAUCAUUAUUCUGUAUGACUGUUGGCAAUAAAACCGUGAAUGUG